AUGUCCGAGUUGCGUGGUUCUCCGCAACUAUCUAGGGCUGCGUUGGAGAAUGGUUUUGGAGCUCCGCUGGCUGCUCUGAGCUCUCUGGCUGAAGCACCUCCUCCAGCGCCAAACCCGCAUGGGAUAGACCAUAUACUAUCAAGGCCAGCUGUUGGUUCAAACGUUGGUGCCGGUUUACUGACUCCAAGAUUAUCUUUAGCGGCGGCCGCGGCGGGAAUGGCACACUACCUCCAGCACAAACCAUUAUACUGGCCAGGCUUUCAAGGACUUGUUUCUAAUCCUAUGGCGUGGAGAGAAAGGCUACAAACAAUGAGCAACGGUGCGCUAAGCGCCUGCGCAGGGCAGGGCGGUAUGGACAAGGACGGAAAGAAGAAACACACGCGGCCCACUUUUAGUGGACAGCAGAUAUUCGCUUUGGAGAAGACUUUCGAGCAGACCAAAUACUUAGCUGGCCCUGAGAGGGCAAAGCUUGCGUAUGCGCUUGGCAUGACAGAAUCACAGGUUAAGAACAAAGCCGAUGACGUCCGUCCCCUCGCGUCUCAACUGUCUCAACUCGUAGAUCAUUGCGCAUAG